GGCACGCCGGGGGGGGAUAGCACGCAUCAAAGCGCGCGCGGGCAGCCUACAGGUAGCUCUCGCACCACUGCGCCGGCGUCGGACCAUCGGUGCGGUCCGGGAAGGCAUGCGUUAGCCAGGCACAGGCUGCUCCCACCACAGGGCAGCAGUGCGCACGCGACACAAUGAGGCGUGGCACGCUCACGGCCUGCCUGCUGGCGGCAGCUUGCGCCAAGGAAAAGGUCUGGAAGGCACGACCCUUCAGACCGGUACGUGUGCCGGUGUACAACAAAAGCGCGGCGUGUGACAAGGCGGAUCCGUUCCCCCGCGACGGCGGUCCUUGCUACGACCGGCGCGCCUGCCUGGCCGAGCUGGAAAAACGAGGCCAGGGCAGGCAGGACGCGAGUCGCCUGGCGGCGCUGUUCCGCAACACGUCGAUGCUCGUGCUCGGCGAUAGCGUGAAUUUGUACCGCGCGAAGCGGCUGGAACGGGCGGGUCUCCAAAGGAACUGCGGCGAAGGUCUAGGGAGAGCGGAAGCGGAAGCCAAGGGAAAGGGCAUCUGCUACCACCCCCACAACAACUUUGUUCACACCUGGUGCGCGUCGGAAGCACGGCGGGAGAAGUUCUCCCGGAGGCGCGAUUUCGAUGUGGUAUUUUGGAACUAUGGGGGUCUCCAUCGCCUCCACCUCUUACCGGCGCGACCGAUCACCGUGCCGGGCCCGCGCGGGCCCAUCCAGAUCGGGACCUUGACCACUUCUCAGGAGUACAAGGAGGGCCUGGAGACGUGCGCGAAGGUCGUUUCCGAGAGGUACCCCACAGCAAAAAUCGUCUACGUCCUCACGAACGACGUGUGCUCGCAGAACUUCGCGGGACCCUACGCCGCCGCCGCGCGAACCUGGGCCACCAAACAAAAUGAUCCUAUGUACGACAUGCAGAUGACGUCGGUAGGUGUUCAAACUUUGCGAGGCCACGAGCGAGCUACUGCGCGCUUGAUGGGCCACACCGUCUUAGACCCGCAGAACGACGGCCUCUGCGCCUGCACCGCUAAAGGGGACGGGCGCCACUACGUCGACACGGACCCGCGGACGCUAGGGCGCCUCGCCGACCUCGUCGUGAGCUACCGGCUCAAGCCCGACGGGCGGAUCGUAUUUGUGAACAGGUAGAAUUAACGACACACAACU